AUGCUCGACUUUGUCCCAACACACCUGCACCGGGUGUUUAAUCAGAGCUUGCUGUCUCGGCGCGCGAUGACGGACGACAUGAUGCUCGAGAUGUACAAGCGUGCCGUCAAGGCGGUAGCCGCCACCGACCCCGAGUUUGAGCCCCCUUUUCGCGGCAACAUGGAGGGCCUCAGCGCCUUCCUCGAGCAAAUUACCACUCUUCUCGAGCCCCUUGGCCUACUGGUCAAGCGGGGGCCCGACGAGACGACGGGACGCAAAUGGACAGCCCUCGUCAACACGGAAGGAACGGGGGAUAUCGCACAGCUAGCGACCGACCUCACUCCUCUAGAGAUCAGCUUCGUGCGUGUAGUCAUCGGCGCGAUCGUAGAGAGUUACCCCGCCAACUCGAUUGGAUCACGACAUGCCGUGGGACUGGUCAAAGACCUAAACGGACAAAUGACCAAGAGCGCAGCACAAGCACUCCUCAAAUCCCUCGUCUCAAGGGGAUGGCUCUCUAUUUCGGAGCGUGGACGAUAUAGCCUGGCCCCACGAGGUCUGCUCGAGCUCGAUUCAUACCUCCGCGGCGAGUAUGACGACUAUGUCCAGUCUUGCCGGCGGUGUAAUCGCAUCAUCCUUACUGGCGUGGCGUGUGCCAAUGAUGCUUGCGAGGCUCAUUACCACACUUACUGUUAUGGUAUGAUCGCCGAACGCCAGGCUCCAUGCCUCGAGUGUAAGACUAGCUUUGAGGAGGUUCCACCCACACCUGUGGGCGAGAAGGCUGUUAGCCGGGCGCAGGACGGGUUUGCGCGGCCUAACAAGCGACGUCGGAGCGGACGCGAGGAGGAGGGGGACGACGACGACGACGACGACGACAGCCAAGUUGGACUGUCACAUGAGCGUCAGGCUGUUAGAGAGGAGGAGGACGGGCUCGAGAGCGAAGAGGAGGAGAUUCACCCAGUGGGCUACCUUCUGUGUUCAAAACAGCUCACACAGUCACGGUCACGAUCCCAGACCGAGCGCCCGUCCCAGCGCCACAGGCCCGAAACGAUAAUACCCGACUCGUUCGUCGACCCCGACGAGGAGGACGAGGAUGAGGAUGACGAUCCUGGGCCCUCGCGUCGCCGCCGCCGCUUCUAA